AUGGUUCACUGGACUGCUGAAGAGAAAGCUGCCAUCGCUUCCACCUGGGCCAAAGUUGACCUGGAAAAUGACGGCCAUAAUGCCCUGAACAGGCUGUUCCUUGUCUAUCCCUGGACCCAGAGGUAUUUCAGCAGUUUUGGAAAUCUGUCCAGUUCUGCUGCCAUUUCUGGUAAUGCCAAGGUCGGUGCUCAUGGUAAGAAGGUGCUCGGUGCCAUUGGCAAUGCCAUUCAGCAUCUGGAUAAUGUGAAACACGUCCUGGCUGACCUCAGCAAACAGCAUGCUGAAGAGCUCCAUAUAGAUCCUGAGAAUUUCAAGGUACUUUUUGGUGAGGUGCUGAUUAUUGUUUUGGCCACCAAGCUGGGAUCUGAAUUCACCCCUCAAGUCCACGCUGCCUGGGAGAAAUUCAAUAAUGUCUUGGUGGCUGCUCUGAGCCAUGGUUACUUCUAA